AUGACUAUAACGGAUAAUGGGGGUUCAGAAUUCUUACUGUUGUCAGCCAUGGCUUAUGACAGAUAUGUGUCUAUAUGUAAACCUUUUCAAUAUCCAACUAUCAUGAGAAAAUUGACUAUUAGUAUUUUCUUGGUGUUGGCUUGGCUUCUGCCUGCUUGUCAGCUGAUUUUGUAUCAUCCUCUCUUUAAUCCGAUCAUAUACGGACUAAAAAUGAAAGAAAUCUUUAAACACCUGAAGAGGUUAUUGUCAGUAAAAUGA